AUGGGCGCAUCAAUGCCAGAACGAUUCGACUUCAUUGUCGUUGGUGGCGGGACUGCCGGUGCUCUCCUUGCUUCUCGUCUUGCGAAUAGCAAGAAACGACCUUCAGUCGUUCUAGUAGAAGCCGGAGGCAAGAAUGACUCAAGGGCAUUGCGAGCAGACGCUGAAAGAUGGGUUCAUCGAAUGAAUCCCGCUCAAAACUGGUUCUACAAGACUCAUCCAAUCAAAGGCUUUGACGGCUCUAUCGUUGAUUACGACCGUGGUAAAGGUCUUGGAGGAAGUUCUGCAAUCAAUUUCUCCUGUUGGACCAUCGGACCUAAAGAGGAUCAUGAUGAGAUUGCUCGUCUUGUUGGAGACGAAGAAUGGGAGUGGAAGAACGCGCAACAACGCUACAAGAGGAUUGAAACCCACCAUGCCACUCCUCCCGAUGUACCGGAAGAUUAUAAGAAAUAUAUCGAUGCGAAUCCCGAGGACCACGGUCACAACGGUCCCAUCCACACCGGAUUCCCAAAGGUAUGGGAACCCACUGCGAUGGCAUUGGUGGAUGUGUGGCUUGCAAAUGGCGCCAAGUUCAAUCCAGAUCACAACUCUGGUGACCCAACUGGUGUUUCCAUGGUCAAUUCGACAGCCUACAAUGGGGUCAGAUCCACAUCGGCAGACGCGUUGAUUGGCGCUCCUAACAAUCUACAUGUGAUGGUCAACACUGAAGUCAGCCGCGUUGUCUUUGAUGGUACUCGGGCUGUGGGGAUUACAACGUUUAAUGACCAGACGAUCUAUGCUAACAAUGAAAUCAUUCUCUGCUGCGGCAGCCUUGAUACUCCGAGGAUCCUCAUGCAUUCAGGAAUUGGACCGCCAAGUCAGCUUAAUAGCUUCAACAUCCCCAUUUGGAAAGCGAACACGAACGUAGGAGAACACAUGAAAGAUCAUCACCACAUCUUCAUCAGCUUCGAGCGAGCAGAACAUACAACCGAACGCCAUAAAUACUACAAAAACGCAGACCUGCAAGCAGCUGCUCGAGCACAAUGGGAGAAGGAUGGCAGUGGUCCACUGUCUGAAUACGGAUGUGCAAUGGGGAUUGGAUAUUUGAAGCUAGAGUCGAUAUACAACACCCCGGAAUUCCAGAACUUACCAGAGAAGCAGAAGGAAUUUUUACAGAAGCCGACCAUCCCUCAUUACGAAUUCAUCCUUAACGGACCCCAUCUCCCUUACUUCAUCGACCCGGCGAAUGCAAACGCAGGGACAACCAUUUGCACGUUCCUCCUCAAUCAACAGUCCACUGGCUGUGUGAGACUGCAGUCAUCCGACCCCAAGGUGCCAUUGAUCUUCGACCCGAACUUUUUCUCUCAUCCUUAUGAUCGAAGACUCGCUGUGGAAGCCACCAGGCAAAUGUUCAAAGUCAUCAAGAGCCCGGAAUUCAGUAAGGACACAAUCGCCAUGCUAGAAGGGCCCAAGAGCGAGUCGGAAGAAGAUAUUCUUGAAUACUGGAAAAAGACCUCUGGGAGUACAUGGCACAUGAUGGGGACCGCGCGAAUGGGUAAAGACGAGAGUGACGCUGUGGUCGACAAGGACUUCAAGGUAUUUGGGGUUGAGAAUCUCCGAAUCGCCGACAUGAGUGUGAUUCCCAUUGCCGUAAAUAACCACACUCAGUCAACGGCCUACCUCGCCGGCCUUACAGCUGCCGACAAGCUUGUUGCCGAGUAUAGCCUCGAUGACUGA